AUGCUAACUCAAGUCUGUCGAUCACGUUCAUUUUAUAAGGUCAUCCAGUCAAAUUUCCCUUCAUAUUCACGAUCAACACUUACUUUAAACAAACAACUACCGUUUGAAGAGUUCAAUCAGCUAUUGUUGGAUAUUGAACACGAAAAAGAUGAGGAUGAUAAUUCAGAUAACAGUGAAAAUGAAGGGGAUACUAACCACAAUACAAACAGUCAUAUACCAUUCGAAAACAGUACCAACAAUACACAACUGACUCAGCAUUCAACACCAAUGACUUCAACAGUGACAACUACUGUUACCGAGAAUCUUAAUCCAUCUGUUCAUGAUCAUAACAAUCUGACAAUAAUAAAAAAUAAAACAAAUAUUCCAGCUAAGAGUUCAUCUUUCAAUAAUCAAGUGAAAACUAGUCGUCCAAGUAAUGAUUUUGAAAAAAAUAAUCUUCAAGGUCGUCUUUCAAUACAAAAUGCUAAUAACAAUACCCAAACUCAAAGCAGUAAAUUAUUCAGUUCAAAAUCAAUAAAAGGAAAGCUUGAAAUCAAAUUUCUUUUGGAUCAAGAUGAUAUUAUACAGGAUAUUUCGAAGUAUGGAAAAGUUGCUAAAACAAUUAUAACGAAAGGUGGUAUACCGAAAUUAUUUGUAAUUCGUGGAAGAGUGAUUGAUACACGAAUACAGUUUUGUCAGUAUUUUAAAUCUGAAAAUGUGACGACAACUUCAACAACAAUCAAUGAUUUGAAUUUAUUAAAGAAUAAAAAGUUCAGAUUACGAUUUAAACCAUUUACAUCUUUCGGUGGUAUCUGUACACCUGCCAUUGGAUACAAUGAUCCCAUGCAGAUACCAAAUAUACUAUUAAGACAAGAACAACUUUGUUUUAUACAAGCAGUUCAACAGGAGAACAAUGUGACCUACAAGAAAUUAGAUGAUGGCUAUCUUGUUAUGGAGAUUGAUCUGCAUAGCUUUUGUAAUAUCUUCCACUUAGUCUUUCCAUUUCUGAAUUCUAAAUGUCCUAGCACUUGGAAAAAAGAUGUUCAUAUCACAGUCACAUUGAUUGAUGAGAAUGAUACGGAGUUCGCUAGUGCUGAAUUUGAAGUUGUCAGUUGUGCUAGUCCUAUACGUGAUGCACGUCGUUAUCAACAACGUCAGCAUAUAGCUGAACUAGAAUAUGCAGAAAAACGUUUGGAAAGAACUGUUUGUUGUGAUCUACCUUCAGAUUGGGAUCAAAGUGGUCAACAAACUUCAAAGUCUUCAACAAAAAUCAGUAUAUCUGAUAUUAGUCCUAAUUCUUCUGGAUUUGGAAGUCUUUAUUCACCUUUACCACCUUCUAUGACAUCUGAAGAGGAUCGUGUGAAUGAGCUUCAGAUUUAUCUAUCUCGACCUGAUACAUCUACACCAUCACAUAUUUUCCUGAUGUAAAUGCUGAUACUACUAAUAACAAUGAUAAUAGUAGUAGUGGUGGCGAUGGUGGUGAUGCUGAUGAUGAUAAAUGGGCAUUUGUUCUCUCUCCAACAACAUCAAGUGAAGUUAUUGACUCACCUGGUGUAAAUCGAAUGGAAUCACUAAAAGAUAAACAUCAUAUUGGUCAUUUUUUCAAUUCACAUCAUCAAGGAAGUUUGCUGAAACAAACAAAUGAUGGUUUAAAUGGCAAGAUGAAUUUGAAAACAUCAACACUCACACGUUCAGUAAAACGGUCAACAAAAGAAAUCAAUAAUGAAUCACAUGAAGAAGAAGAAUAUGUAAUAAAGGUUUAUGAAGUACACUGAAUGCAUUUUACUUCUCUCCCCCACCUCGAACCCCCAAUAGAAUAUGAACAACUUACACUGGUGUCUGUCUUGUAAGUGAGAACAACUGAAAUAAUAUGAUUUUGCUUACAGUCUUUCUUGUUUAAAAAUGCUUUUAUUUUAUAAUAAUUUCUCAAUUAACCAUGAUUUUCCUGGAUGAAUUGCAAAUGUUAUGCUUUUUUAUUAUUUUGCUCCUAACGGCAGAGAGAGAGAGAGAGAGAGAGAGAUAAAUUUAUGAAGGGGAAAUGUGAUUGAAGAUAGCCAAAGAUAAGAUUUUAGUUAACACUAUAAUAACUAGUAAUUUGCAGAGAAAGUUACCACUGCCUAUUCUUAAAAUUAAAGAACUAUUGUAUAUGCUUUGAAAAGCUGCGUGUUUCCCCUAAAAUUCAGUGUUGGUGUCACAUUACAAAUUCUACCACUACUACUACUGCUACUCACACUACUACUACUACUGACACUACUACUACUGCUACUCACACUACUACUACUACU